CGUCGGACCGCGAACAACCUUAGCACGGAUGUUAAACUGUUAUGAUGUUGUGUAAAAAAACAGAAUAAAUAUUCAUUUCAGAUGAGGGAGAUGUUUGUAAUCCGAACAUUUCUGUCGUCGGUCGUGAAGACAGCAGCUCAGCCCGCGGCUCGGCCCGGGCUGCUCCGCCGGCCCCGGCUCGGUUCCCUCCCGGCCCCGGAGCCGCGGUACCUGCAGUGCACCUGCUGCUGGAGGAGCCGGGUUCCUGCGGCCGGGUUCGAGGCCCUGGACGGGGUCGGGGUCGGGCCUCUGGACGGGCCCGGGGACGGGCCCCUGGACGGGCCGCUGGACAGCCGCUACACGGCCGAGCAGAGGGACGCCAUCCUGCGGCUGCUCAACACGGCGGCGCCGGCGCAGCUGGCCGGCAUCAAGCUGCUGCGGGGGAAGAAGUCCCUGAGCAUCGUGGAGUACCGGAGCAAACACGGGCCCUUCACCAGCCUGGAGAGCCUGGUCAACGUGCCGCUGCUCAAGCACAAGAGCGCCGUGGUCGUGUUCGACUCCAUCCUCAACCCGGUGCAGAAGGGCAGGAAGGUCCGGAUCCAGCUGGCCAAGUUCAUCCGGCCCGAGGUGGACCGGUCCUGGCUGGAGGACGCCGCCUCCAUCGUGUCGAUCGUCUGCGGCACCAACAAGAUCGCCUGGGCGCACGUGGACCGAGGCAUGAUGCUGCUGGACUGGCAGCAGCUGCACUGCCCCAACUUCCUGAAGGGAACCUACCUGGCGUCGGCCUACCUGCACGACAUCUCCUCGGUCGUCUCCGUCCUGCCGCCGGCCGACUUCUACCUGAUCGAGAAGCCGUCCAUCUCGGUCCAGAACACGGCGCUGUUCCCCGUCAUGGCCCACAUGCGGGCGGUGGAGGCCAUGCUGUUCGCCCUGCUGGAGCCGCGGGUGGGCCCGGCGGGCCCGGAGGCCCGGGACGCCCCGGAGGACCGGCCCGAGCCCAACCUGCCCCCCCGGGUGCUCAACAUGAUGCGGACGGCCGUGGGCCGCCACUUCGGCCUGAUGGUGGGCGAGGCCCGGACCAGCGGCGCGCAGGCGGUGCGGCAGCUCAUGACCGAGUCGGUGACCCAGAACCUGCCGCGGGUCCGGUUCCCCCAGGAGCUGCUGGUCAAGUACCGGAACCACUUCCAGAUCGGCAGCCGGCGGGCGGGGGACGAGCUCUGCGACGCGCUGCUGCAGGCCGUGGCGUUCUACGAGCUGCUCAGCCAGUCCAACUCCUCCUAGCCCAGAACCGGCUCCGUUCUCCCCACUCUGGACUUCCGGGAAACGACCCGACGGACUGGACUCGUUUCACCCCGACUGGUGUGUUUAAACACAGACAUAAAUACGUAGACGCCCCACGGAGCUGCUGCGAUACGUCAACGACGCCGCCAUAUUGGAUGU